GAGUGAUGAUUUCUUUCUUAACAUAAAGGAUAAGUUGGAAGAAACCAUUGAAACAUUGGAGGUGUUGGAAAAGCAAAUUGGUCGCCUUGGCUUAAAGGAUCAUUUUGCUUCAACUAAACAAGAAACUAGAACACCUUCAACUUCUUUGGUUGAUGAUUCUGAUAUCUUUGGUACGCAGAGUGAAAUAGAGGAUUUGAUUGACCGUUUAAUAUCUGAAGAUGCAAGUGGAAAAAAGCUGACUGUAGUUCCUAUUGUUGGAAUGGGCGGCCUGGGUAGGACAACACUUGCUAAAGACGUUUACAAUGAUGAGAAGGUGAAGGACCAUUUUGGUUUGAAAGCUUGGUUUUGUGUUUCUGAGGCAUAUGAUGCUUUCAGAAUAACAAAAGGUUUACUUCGUGAAAUUGACUCAAAGGAUGUCCACAACAAUCUUAAUCAGCUUCAAGUGAAAUUGAAGGAAAACUUAAAGGGAAAGAAGUUUCUUAUUGUUCUGGAUGAUGUAUGGAAUGACAACUACAAUGAGUGGGUUGACUUGAGAAAUAUUUUUGUACAAGGAGAUAUAGGAAGUAAGAUCAUUGUGUCAACACGUAAAGAGAGUGUUGCCUUGAUAAUGGGAAAUGAGCAAAUUAGCAUGGACAAUUUGUCUACUGAAGCCUCUUGGUCUUUAUUUAAAAGACAUGCAUUUGAAAACAUGGAUCCUAUGGGAUAUCCGGAACUUGAAGAGGUCGGAAAACAAAUUGCAGCUAAGUGCAAAGGACUGCCCUUAGCUCUGAAGACGCUCGCUGGCAUGUUACGCUCCAAAUCAGAGGUUGAAGAGUGGAAACGUAUUUUGAGAAGUGAAAUAUGGGAGCUGCCACACAAUGACGUAUUACCAGCGUUGAUGUUGAGCUACAAUGAUCUUCCUGCACAUUUAAAGCGAUGUUUUUCCUAUUGUGCAAUAUUUCCUAAAGAUUAUCCAUUUAGGAAAGAACAAGUCAUUCAUCUGUGGAUUGCCAAUGGUCUCUUACAUCAGGAAGAUGAAAUAAUUGAAGAUUCAGGCAACCAAUACUUUCUCGAGUUGAGGUCAAGAUCAUUAUUCGAAAGGGUCCCAACUCCCAAAUCCUUCUGA